AUGAAAUUCGUACGCAAAGACAUGAACGAGUCGACACCGUUGUUCGAACUGCCACUGCAACUUGGGCUGCCUACUCCGGGGUUGGGAGGGAGACAGCGAGUGCUGCUCGUCCUCAUAGCUUUAAGGCUAUAUGAAGGCAGACGGCUGCGGGCGCACGCGCGCUGGACCGAAACCGCACCCAUCGUCAACAUGCAGCCAUUCCCAAUAACGGGGGCGUAUGUACCCGUGCUGCCCGGGGUGCACGUGUACGUGCCCUCUAACAUCAUAGUGAUGCCGCUGUACAUUCGGGUGGACAAUCUUCCAGGCUUGACAUUGCCCAGCGCUAUACUGAUCGUAGUCCAAGCGACGGAAUAUGCUCCUGGCCUAGGUGACACGAUGGAGCUGCUCACAGACAUGAGGUUCAUCACCGGUGAGGAACAAUCGUCCUCGCCGUAUUUGACGGUACCCCGUAGCGUUGAAGAUAUGGCGAGAGCGAUGACAUCGUAG